AUGAAGGCGUUGGCUGUUCUAUUUGCGGUAUACCUAUUGGGACAAUGCCAAUGUGGAAAUGACGACGAUGAAGAGAUUGGACCUUGGAAUGAAAAUGUCUCCACAUACGAGUAUCACUACGACGGGAAUGACGUGAUGUUGAUCAUUCCAAAGAGAGGAGUUUCCAUCUACACUGUAGCCUGCGGCACGUCUGAAAUUUGGAGCCAGGUAGAGGGCCAAGAAUUCGAGUAUCUCAAGUGUUUCAUGAAGCACGGCGAACCAAUGGCUCUUUUGGUGGCCAAGAGCCAAGACGGUUAUGCGACUGGGAGAUGGUAUGCAAGGGAUGGCAACAAGUGGAAGAAUAGUAUAAAGGCGAGCAAAGAGGUAAUUACAGGGUUGAAGGUACUCGUGCCAGAAAGGAAUAAAUUUGUCCUGGACCUCGACUACAAGGAAGACAUCGAAGAAUGCAGAAUAUUUGAAAUUAGUUUUUUUGAGUCUCCAAUGAGGGUCUACUACGCAAAUAAUGGAUACUGUAGCACAGAGGUUGUCUUCUCUGGAGCUCCGGUUUGGAAGGGCACAAAUGGCAGUGUAUGCGUUGCAUGUGACGCCUAUUUAAAGGACGGAAAACCCACUCUCAUACUUUUAGUCAUUAUAACCACUGGAAAUUCUGUCUUCAAGCAUUUUGAGAGGAAUGAAAAGGACGAAUGGAGCGAGAUUAGUGACCACGAUUUUACCACAAGGGCGGAGGCAUUUAGAACUUACAAGAGUAGCAAAGGGUACAAGAUGGAGAAGGAAUUUGUGCUAAAUUUGAAGCCAGCAAAGCCGUGGUGGAUCAGGUCAUUUAACGCGGUAACAAGAGCCCUUUCAAGACCCAGAAAUGUUCCCUUUUCUCCAUUGGAAGAAGAUGUGUCCGCUCUAGAUAAGUGA